CCGAGUCCGGGCGCCUGGGUCACCAUGGCUGGCCCGAGCUCCAGUUCGGCGAUCCCCGUGUGGCUCACGGAGGAGGACCUGAACUGCAUCAUCUGCCAAGGGCUGCUGACCUCGCCCGCCACGCUGCAGUGCGGCCACAGCUUCUGCUGCGAGUGCUUGAGGAGAGCGUGGGGCGCGCGGGGCACCGGGGUCGCGAGCCACCCCUGGGCCUGCCCCACCUGCCUCGAGGGCGCAGCGCUGCGGCCGAAGCUGCGAAAGAACACGCUACUGCAGUACCUGGCGGACAAGUUCAGCCGGGCGCAGAACGAGCUGGAGGUCGGCCCGGAGCGGGGCCCSAGCCCGGUCCAAGGGCCCGAGCACCGCCCGGCACCGCCGCGGGCGACAGUACCGGAAAACAUCACAGAAGUCGUCCAGAAGCUGACGGACCUGGUGGGUCAGCUGGUGGACAUUGUCAAGAGACUCCAGAGGCAGACACCUCUCUCAGAAUCUGGACAAGUCAACAUUGUCAGCACGGCCUUGUCUUCCGGGGAGGACCGUGGCUUGACUUCUCUAAACCUAGAAACUUUCAACACAUCACAAGGGAGGAUGGGAGAGAUUCUCCAUGAUCUAGAAGAAAUUCAGAAAAACUUACAAGAAAACUUCACAUGGAAAGCGACUCCCCCCGAAGAGCAGACCCAGGUGGAAUUCCCAAAAGCUCUGUCUUCCUCCUCAUUGCCUGACCAGAGCUGCCCUCAACCUAGGAGGACCUCUCGUUUUGCUCAGUGGAUCRUCAGUCCAACCUUUGACUUGGGAAGCCUCUCCUGUAUCCUGAAGGUAUCUGAGGAUCACCGGACAGUGACUGUGUCUCAAUUCCGGCAGCCCUAUCCUUGGAGUCAAGAGAGGUUUUCAACCAGCCAGGUCUUAUGUUCCCAGGCCCUGUCUUCUGGGCRGCAUUACUGGGAAGUGGACACGAAGUGCUGCAAUAACUGGGCAGUUGGAGUCGCCUCUUGGGGCAUGAGCCGAGACCGGAUGCUGGGAAGGACUGCAGACUCUUGGUGCAUAGAGUGGAAGGGAACUGGCCAGUUGUCUGCGUGGACCAUGGUCAAAGAAACUGUCCUUGGCUCAGACAGACCUGGGGUGGUGGGCAUCUGGCUGGACCUGGAGGAGAGGAAGCUUGCCUUCUAUUCAGUGKCCAGUCAGGAGAAGCUUCUGUAUGAGUGUGAGAUGGCGGCCUCCUCUCCUCUGCACCCUGCCUUCUGGCUCUACGGCCUAACUCCUGGAAACUCCCUGAUCAUAAAUCAAGUACAAGUAUAAAGCUUCCUCAGGGGUUAAAACACAGUGGUCUCCUGGCCUCUCUCUCUGCCUUCAAGCAGGUGGCAACUCAAYUUAAGAAUCCCACUUUUGAAGUUCAUCCUUUUGUGUGGUUCGGGAUUAACAAAGUAGGCUUGAAGUUCUUGAACCCUGCACAUUUCAAAGAAAGGACUGGCCUCUGACAGACUCAUGAGAGGGGACCUAUAAGCCCUUCAAAUAUCUUGCCUGGCAUGAGUGGCUUGGUUUAAGUGGGGGCUUUGGGCCAUGCAGUAUCACCUUGACCUCUGCACGGGCUAGAGAUUAAGUCAGCCAUGUGGGCAGUGAGGCAUGCCUAUGUGACAGAUCCCCAAUAAAAGCGUUGAAUACUGCGGCUUGGGGGACCAUCCCYGAUUGGCAGUACUCCAGCCACAUUGCCACACAUCAUUGCUGGGAAAAUUAAGCAAUGUCCUUAGGACCCCACUGGGAGAGGAUGAUUGGGAAUUCUCUUGCUCUGUGUGCCUUUUUCUAUUACUGAUUUUAUUCUGUGGCCUUUCACUACAGUAAAUUGUAACUGUUAAUGAUUCACUGAAGGCAAGGGUGCCCACAGGGACCCCAGAACCUAAGGGACAUACAUUACUUAUCAGUUGCUGUGUAAUGAUAUUACGAUGGAUUUAGUGGUUUAAAACAAUUUACAUUUAUUAUCUCACUGUUUCUGUGGGUCAGGAGUCAGCGUCCAGCUUAGCUGAGGCUUCUGCCUCUGAGUCUCUCAAAUUGCAGUUGACAUGUCAGCUGGGGCCACAGUGUCACAGGAGGCUCAACCAGGAAAGGAUCUGCUCCAGAACUCAUGUGGUGGGCAGCAUUCAGUUUCUUGUUGUUGAAUUGAAGGCUGCCAUUUCUUGGUGGCCUUUGACUGGAGACCAACCUCAGUUCCUUACCCCCUGAGUUUUUGCAACAGAGUUGCUUGCCUUCUCCCAGUCAAUAAAGAAGAGAAAGUCUCUUGGCAAGAUGGAUAUGAAGGGCUGGGGUUGUGGCUCAG